UUCCCAUCCCUGGUUGCUAUAGAUAUAUAGUUAUAACCACUCUGUUACUAUUACUUUACAGUUUACUCUUCUGGUUAGCAGUUACUGUAGUGCAUGCAGACUAGCCAGCCAUGAAGAAGGUAGUGGUUCUGUUAGUUUUCUCAAUUGCCUUAGGGGUGCACUCCACCGGACUCCACUCGUGUCAACCCCCUCCUGUCCCUAAAAAUGGUGGGAUAAGAGGAGCUCUGCAAACCAGUUAUGAUAUUGGCGGAUAUGUUGAGUUCCUGUGUCAUUCUGGUUUCAAGCUGCAGGGGGAAUCUUUGACUGUGUGCAUCGACACGCAAGAUGGAGGAGUGUGGAACAAACCAACUCCCAUCUGUGUCCCCAUUACGUGCAGUUACCCUCCAACCCUCACCAAUGGGCUGGUGCUGGUCAGGGAGGGCCUGAGGGUAGGGGCAACUUUACAGUACAGUUGUGACCCUGGCUACGUCCUGGUGGGCAGUGCUGUGCGCAGCUGCAGGGAGGAUGGACGCUGGUCCCCUGCACCACCCACUUGCCAGUUACUCCGAUGCCCUAGUCUGAAAAGUACUUCUUCUGGAAGCAUCCAUCUUAGCAAUGGGAACAACCCGGGUUCCAUGGCCACCUACAGUUGUGUGAGAGGUUACUCCCUGGUUGGAAAUGAGAAGCGGACUUGUGGUCAAGAUGGGGUGUGGUCUGGAUCAGACGCUACAUGUCAAUUGGUGGACUGUGGUCCCCCUCCAUCCCCCAAGGACGGAAGUGUGAGCACACCGGAUGGUACCACUUUUAACCGCGAUGCAUGGUUCUCCUGUAAUGAUGGUUUUGAACUGGUAGGCCCAGAGAGUACAAGAUGUUUGGCUGAUAGACGAUGGAGCCCUGAACCUCCCACCUGCAGACCUAAACCUGUCAACUGUGGUACUCUCGUUGCCCCUAGCAGAGGACUUGUGGAGGUGACUGGCACCACCCUAGACUCCACUGCCACAUAUAGCUGUACACAAGGCUACACUCUGCUUGGUGGUAGUCAGGUACGAACCUGCCAGGCCAAUGGACAUUGGUCUGGCUCUGUUGGAUCCUGUAGAGCCAUCAACUGUGGGCUGCUUGCCAACCCUACCAAUGGUCGUGUGUUGUUGAGGGCCACAAUAGUGGGGUCAUUCGCCACCUACCAGUGUAGCUCUGGCUUCACACUCACUGGAGAGAGCCUUCGUCAAUGUUUGGAAGUCAACGGCCUGGGGGUAUGGAGUGGCAGCCCACCCACCUGCACUGUCAUUGACUGUGGGAGUCUGCCGUCCAUUGAGAACGGAGCAGUGGAGUUUCCCAAUGGCAACACCAACAUGGGAGCCUCGGCCGUGUACAGUUGCAUAUCUGGAUACAUGUUGUCAGGUGACCAACAGAGGGUGUGUCAAUCCACUGCCACCUGGUCUGGUACUCAGCCUCAGUGCAUAGUUGUUGACUGUGGUGUUCUACCGGCUCCAAGGAAUGGUCAGGUUGAGAUGAGUGGCACGUCAGUGGCAGACAAGGCAUCCUACAGCUGUAACUCUGGAUUCAUGCUCAUGGGAAGUCGUAUGAGGAGUUGUCUGGACAACGGGCAGUGGUCAGAGACGGCCCCUACCUGUGAAACCACCUUCUGUCCCUACUUGUCCGACCCCACCAGUGGUCUAGUGAGGAUCACCUCAACAGCUGUGGGUGCUCAAGCCACUUACGAGUGCUUCCGUGGCUUCUCUCUCGAUGGGAACGCUGUCAGAGUCUGCUCGGGCAAUGGCCAAUGGACGGGGGUGGAGCCUCGCUGUACCUUGGUAGACUGUGGAAAUCUGAGGGAUCCUGACAAUGGUCAAGUCAGCUUGUCUGGCACUGAUUUUGGCUCUCGCGCUCGCUAUCGCUGUUUCUCAGGUUACACUCUGCAAGGGGAAACGAGCCGACUGUGCGAGGAUGAUGGGUUCUGGACAGGAGAAGCUCCUAUUUGUGUCUUUAUUGGAUGUCCCUAUCUUGACCCCCCUGCCAAUGGGAAGGUGGAGCUGUCUGGUAUGAUUGUUGACUCCAUAGCCACCUUCACCUGUGACCCAGGCUUUGAGCUGAUAGGCAAGACUCUCACCAGAGUUUGUCAAAGUGAUGGGAGGUGGUCAGGGAUUUCCCCACAAUGCAGACCAGUUCGACCACCUCUGGUCACCUGCCCUGCACUUACUUCUCCUGCCAACGGACAAGUGUUUUUCACUACUGUCACAGUUGGUUCAGUAGCUAGGUACACCUGCACGCAAAGCUUCCAACUCGUUGGCAUUGCAACUAGAGUAUGUCGUGAUGAUGGGGUGUGGUCUGGUACAGAACCAUUCUGCAGACCAAUAACCGUACCCAGAGAUGUUGAGUUUACUUUCUCUCAAGCCUCCUACAAUAUCCAGGAGGGUGCUGGAUUUGUGACUGUCACCGUUGACCUUCUUACUGGAUCUCCUUCUCGACAAACAGUACUCACCAUUUCCACUGAUGACCUCACAGCCACUGACACCGUUGACACGUUUGGUUGCUUUGACUACGAGAGCACAAGUGUGACUGUGAGCUUCCCUGCCGGCAGUAUUCCUGGAUCACAGAGAACAGUCAGCAUCCCUAUAAAUGAUGACAACUGUGUAGAGAGGCCAGAGACCUUCAGAGUGACUGCCACCUCCACUGACACUGAUGUCACAUUCCCAAGAGGAAGCUCUUCCACUGUCUCCAUUCAAGACAAUGACACUCCCCUAUACCGAUUCACUGAGCCCUCUUACGCUAUUGAUGAGGACGAAUCUCCUGUCCAACCAGCCAUUGAGCUCUUCAGUAAUACUGUGCUGACUUUCCCUGCCACUGUCAGAGUUGUGGAUCUUCCUGGAGGAUCAGCCACUGACGGAAUUGACUACACUGGAGUGUCUGCCAAUGUGGUGUUCCCUACUGGUUCCCGUCAGGGCACUGAAGAGUCUUUCAACAUUCCAAUCACUGACGACCAACUUGUGGAAGGAGAUGAGACCAUCUUACUGCAGGCUAGUACCAGUGCUCCAGGAGAUGUCCCAACCCAAGCCCCUGGACAAGACAGAGCUACUGUUGUCAUCCGUGAUGAUGAUUUAUGCAUUGUUGGUCUGGAGUUUGACACCUAUGAGAUACAAGAAGGCAAUGUAGAGCAAGAGAUCUGUGUUGUCAAGAGAAAUGCAGCUGAACUGACUAGAAAUGCUGUUGUGACAGUUUCAACGUCUGACAUUCCUGGAGAAGCCACUGCUGGCCUUGAUUACACUUCCCUGCCCUCUGGCACCGUGGUGACCUUUGGCCCCGGAAGGCCCUCUCGUGCUUGUGUGAGGGUACCAAUUCUGGCAGACAGCAAUGAUGAGCCAAAUGAGAGGUUCCGAGUGAACAUAGAGGAAGAAGAUGACCAACUGUCCAUUCAACCUGGAGAUGACACUGCUACUGUCACCAUCACUGACGAUGAUGUACUGGACUUGGCCUUCACUCAACGAACCUAUGAUGUGAACGAGGGUGACAGAACUGUUGAGGUUUGUGUGGAGCUCAUUGCUGGAAUCCCUCAGGAGAGAAUCAGGAUUGAUCUUUCAGCUCAAGAUGGAUCUGCCAGGGGUGGCUCAGACUUCACAAGUGUUUCUCCAUCAGUGAGUUUCCCAGCUGGCACAUCUCCAGGUGGUCUUGGCUCUGAACAGUGUGCUGAAUUCCCUAUCACUGACGACAAUCUGGUUGAGAGACCUGAGGACUUCCGUGUGGUGGCUCGCUCAGACGACCCCAUGGUCAUGUUCCCCAGAGGCCGCUCCAGCACUGUCAACAUACAGGACAAUGACAUUCCUUUGUUCCGAUUCACUGAACCCUCUUACACCGUUAAUGAGGACGAAUCUCCUGUCCAACCAGCCAUUGAGCUCUUCAGUAAUACUGUACUGACUUUCCCUGUAACUGUCAGAGUUGUGGACAUUCCUGAUCAAGGAUCUGCUACUGAUGGAGUUGACUACAUUGGAGUGUCUGUCGACCUGCUGUUCCGUACUGGCUCCAGUGAAGGCACACAAAUGUCGUUUGAAAUUCCAAUUAUCGAUGACAUUACUGAUGAGCCAGAUGAGACAAUCAUACUACAGGCUAGUACUAGUGCCCCAGGAGAGGUCCCAUCCCAAGCCCCUGGACAAGACAGAGCUACUGUCAUAAUUACCGACAAUGAUUCUACUGAGGUUGAGUUUGCCUUCACUCAACGCACUUACAACGUGAAUGAGGGAGACAGAGUUGUGCGUGUGACUGUAGAGCUGAUCACAGGAACACUGGACCGACCAAUACCUCUCACCGUGUCCAAUGCUGAUAUAACUGCAACAGACACCGUUGACACGUUUGGUUGCUUUGACUACGAGAGCACAAGUGUGACUGUGAGCUUCCCUGCUGGCAGUGUUCCAGGGUCACAGAGAACAGUCAGCAUCCCUAUAAAUGAUGACAACUGUGUAGAGAGGCCAGAGACCUUCAGAGUAACUGCCACCUCCACUGACACUGAUGUCACAUUCCCAAGAGGAAGCUCUUCCACUGUCUCCAUUCAAGACAAUGACACUCCUCUCUACCGAUUCACUGAGCCCUCUUACACUGUUGAUGAGGACGACUCUCCUGUUCAACCAGCCAUUGAGCUCUUCAGUAACACUGUGCUGACUUUCCCUGCCACUGUCAGAGUUGUGGAUCUUCCUGGAGGAUCAGCCACUGACGGAAUUGACUACACUGGAGUGUCUGCCAAUGUGGUGUUCCCUACUGGUUCCCAUCAGGGCAGUGAAGAGUCUUUCAACAUUCCAAUCACUGACGACCAACUUGUGGAGGGAGAUGAGACCAUCUUACUACAGGCUAGUACCAGUGCUCCAGGAGAGGUCCCAACCCAAGCCCCUGGACAAGACAGAGCUACUGUUGUCAUCCGUGAUGAUGAUUUAUGCAUUGUUGGUCUGGAGUUUGACACCUAUGAGAUACAAGAAGGCAAUGUAGAGCAAGAGAUCUGUAUUGUCAAGAGAAAUGCAGCUGAACUCACCAGAAAUGCUGUUGUGACAGUUUCAACGUCUGGCAUUCCCGGAGAAGCCACUGCUGGCCUUGAUUACACUUCCCUGCCCUCUGGCACCGUGGUGACCUUUGGUCCCGGAAGGCCCUCUCGUGCUUGUGUGAGGGUACCAAUUCUGGAGGACAGCAAUGAUGAGCCGAAUGAGAGGUUCCGAGUGAGCAUAGAGGAAGAAGAUGACCAAAUCUCCAUUCAACCUGGAGAUGACACUGCUACUGUCACCAUCACCGACGAUGAUGUAUUGGAUCUGGCCUUCACUCAACGAACCUAUGAUGUGAACGAGGGUGAUAGGAUUGUUGAGGUUUGUGUGGAGCUCAUUGCUGGAAUCCCUCAGGAGAGAAUCAGGAUUGAUCUUUCAGCUCAAGAUGGAUCUGCCAGGGGUGGCUCAGACUUCACAAGUGUUUCUCCAUCAGUGAGUUUCCCAGCUGGCACAUCUCCAGGUGGUCUUGGCUCUGAACAGUGUGCUGAAUUCCCUAUCACUGACGACAAUCUGGUUGAGAGACCUGAGGACUUCCGUGUGGUGGCUCGCUCAGACGACCCCAUGGUCAUGUUCCCCAGAGGCCGCUCCAGCACUGUCAACAUACAGGACAAUGACAUUCCUUUGUUCCGAUUCACUGAACCCUCUUACACCGUUAAUGAAGGCGACUCUCCUGUCCAACCAGCCAUUGAGCUCUUCAGUAAUACUGUACUGACUUUCCCUGUAACUGUCAGAGUUGUGGACAUUCCUGAUCAAGGAUCUGCUACUGAUGGAGUUGACUACAUUGGAGUGUCUGUCGACUUGCUGUUCCGUACUGGCUCCAGUCAAGGCACACAAAUGUCUUUUGAUAUUCCAAUUAUUGAUGACAUUACUGAUGAGCCAGAUGAGACCAUCAUACUACAGGCUAGUACUAGUGCCCCAGGAGAGGUCCCAUCCCAAGCCCCUGGACAAGACAGAGCUACUGUCGUAAUUACCGACAACGAUUUUACUGAGGUUGAGUUUACCUUCACUCAACGCACUUACAAUGUGAAUGAGGGAGACAGAGUUGUGCGUGUGACUGUAGAGCUGAUCACAGGAACACUGGACCGUCCAAUACCUCUCACCGUGUCCAAUGCUGAUAUAACUGCAACAGACACCGUUGACACAUUUGGUUGCUUUGACUACGAGAGCACAAGUGUGACUGUGAGCUUCCCUGCUGGCAGUGUUCCUGGAUCACAGAGAACAGUCAGCAUCCCUAUAAAUGAUGACAACUGUGUAGAGAGGCCAGAGACCUUCAGAGUGACUGCCACCUCCACUGACACUGAUGUCACAUUCCCAAGAGGAAGCUCUUCCACUGUCUCCAUUCAAGACAAUGACACUCCCCUAUACCGAUUCACUGAGCCCUCUUACACUGUUGAUGAGGACGACUCUCCUGUUCAACCAGCCAUUGAGCUCUUCAGUAACACUGUGCUGACUUUCCCUGCCACUGUCAGAGUUGUGGAUCUUCCUGGAGAAUCAGCCACUGACGGAAUUGACUACACUGGAGUGUCUGCCAAUGUGGUGUUCCCUACUGGUUCCCGUCAGGGUAGUGAAGUAUCUUUCAACAUUCCAAUUAGUGACGACCAACUUGUGGAGGGAGAUGAGACCAUCUUACUACAGGCUAGUACCAGUGCUCCAGGAGAGGUGCCAACCCAAGCCCCUGGACAAGACAGAGCUACUGUUGUCAUCCGUGAUGAUGAUUUGUGCAUUGUUGGUCUGGAAUUUGAUACCUAUGAGAUACAAGAAGGCAAUGUAGAGCAAGAGAUCUGUGUUGUCAAGAUAAAUGCAGCUGAACUUACCAGAAAUGCUGUUGUGACAGUUUCAACGUCUGACAUUCCUGGAGAAGCCACUGCUGGCCUUGAUUAUACUUCUCUGCCCUCUGGCACCGUGGUGACCUUUGGCCCCGGAAGGCCCUCUCGUGCUUGUGUGAGGGUACCAAUUCUGGAAGACAGCAACGAUGAGCCGAAUGAGAGAUUCCGAGUGAACAUAGAGGAAGAAGAUGACCAAAUCUCCAUUCAACCUGGAGAUGACACUGCUACUGUCACCAUCACCGACGAUGAUGUACUGGACUUGGCCUUCACUCAACGAACCUAUGAUGUGAACGAGGGUGACAGGAUUGUUGAGGUUUGUGUGGAGCUCAUUGCUGGAAUCCCUCAAGAGAGAAUCAGGAUUGACCUUUCAGCUCAAGAUGGAUCAGCCAGGGGUGGCUCAGACUUCACAAGUGUUUCUCCAUCAGUGAGUUUCCCAGCUGGCACAUCUCCAGGUGGUCUUGGCUCUGAACAAUGUGCUGAAUUCCCCAUCACUGACGACAAUCUGGUUGAGAGACCUGAGGACUUCCGUGUGGUGGCUCGCUCAGACGACCCCAUGGUCAUGUUCCCCAGAGGACGCUCCAGCACUGUCAACAUACAGGACAAUGACAUUCCUUUGUUCCGAUUUACCGAGCCCUCUUACACUGUUGACGAAGAAGACUCUCCUGUCAAACCAGCCAUUGAGCUCUUCAGUAACACUGUACUGACUUUCCCUGUCACUGUCAGAGUUGUGGAUCUUCCUGAUCAAGGAUCUGCUACUGAUGGAGUUGACUACAUUGGAGUGUCUGUCGACCUGCUGUUCCGUACUGGUUCCAGUCAGGGCACUCAAAUGUCUUUUGAUAUUCCAAUUAUCGAUGACAUUACUGAUGAGCCAGAUGAGACCAUCAUACUACAGGCUAGUACCAAUGCUCCAGGAGAGGUCCCAUCCCAAGCCCCUGGACAAGACAGAGCUACUGUCGUAAUUAUCGACAACGAUCUUACUGAGGUUGAGUUUUCCUUCACUCAACGCACUUACAACGUGAAUGAGGGAGACAGAGUUGUGCGUGUAACUGUAGAGCUGAUCACAGGAACACUGGACCGACCAAUACCUCUCACCGUGUCUGAUGCUGAUAUAACUGCAACAGACACCGUUGACACAUUUGGUUGCUUUGACUACGAGAGCACAAGUGUGACUGUGAGCUUCCCUGCUGGCAGUAUUCCUGGAUCACAGAGAACAGUCAGCAUCCCUAUAAAUGAUGACAACUGUGUAGAGAGGCCAGAGACCUUCAGAGUGACUGCCACCUCCACUGACACUGAUGUCACAUUCCCAAGAGGAAGCUCUUCCACUGUCUCCAUUCAAGACAAUGACACUCCCCUCUACCGAUUCACUGAGCCCUCUUACACCGUUAAUGAGGGCGAUUCUCCUGUUCAACCAGCCAUUGAGCUCUUCAGUAACACUGUACUGACUUUCCCUGCCACUGUCAGAGUUGUGGAUCUUCGUGGAGGAUCAGCCACUGACGGAAUUGACUACACUGGAGUGUCUGCCAAUGUGGUGUUUCCUACUGGUUCCCGUCAGGGCCGUGAAGAGUCUUUCAGCAUUCCAAUCACUGACGACCAACUUGUGGAGGGAGAUGAGACCAUCUUACUACAGGCUAGUACCAGUGCUCCAGGAGAGGUCCCAAACCAAGCCCCUGGACAAGACAGAGCUACUGUUGUCAUCCGUGAUGAUGAUUUGUGCAUUGUUGGUCUGGAGUUUGACACCUAUGAGAUACAAGAAGGCAAUGUAGAGCAAGAGAUCUGUGUUGUCAAGAGAAAUGCAGCUGAACUGACUAGAAAUGCUGUUGUGACAGUUUCAACGUCUGGCAUUCCUGGAGAAGCCACUGCUGGCCUUGAUUACACUUCCCUGCCCUCUGGCACCGUGGUGACCUUUGGUCCCGGAAGGCCUUCUCGUGCUUGUGUGAGGGUACCAAUUCUGGAGGACAGCAACGAUGAGCCGAAUGAGAGGUUCCGAGUGAACAUAGAGGAAGAAGAUGACCAAAUCUCCAUUCAACCUGGAGAUGACACUGCUACUGUCACCAUCACCGACGAUGAUGUACUGGACUUGGCCUUCACUCAACGAACCUAUGAUGUGAACGAGGGUGACAGGAUUGUUGAGGUUUGUGUGGAGCUCAUUGCUGGAAUCCCUCAGGAGAGAAUCAGGAUUGACCUUUCAGCUCAAGAUGGAUCAGCCAGGGGUGGCUCAGACUUUAUAAGUGUUUCUCCAUCAGUGAGUUUCCCAGCUGGCACAUCUCCAGGUGGUCCUGGCUCUGAACAGUGUGCUGAAUUCCCCAUCACUGACGACAAUCUGGUUGAGAGACCUGAGAACUUCCGUGUGGUGGCUCGCUCAGACGACCCCAUGGUCAUGUUCUCCAGAGGCCGCUCCAGCACUGUCAACAUUCAGGACAAUGACAUUCCAAUAUUUCAAUUCACUGAGAGAAGUUACUCUGUGGAUGAAUCUGAUGGGCCAGCUCGACCAGCCAUUGAACUAGUGGACAAGAUUCUCACUUUCCCGAUUAACAUAGCCAUUGUUGAUGUUUUUGGUGGAAGUGCCACGGAUGGUGUUGAUUACAUUGGAGUUGAGACCACAGUGGUGUUCCCAGCCAAUUCCAGACCCGGAAUGGAACAAUCAUUCACCAUUCCAAUCAUUGAUGAUGACCUAGUUGAAGAUAGAGAGAGCAUUAAUCUAGAGGCCACAGCAUCAGCACCUGGACAGUUUGUGCCAAGACGAGAUGUGGCUAUAGUUUUUAUCAUUGAUGAUGACGUUAACGAUCCUGAGUUUGCCUUCACUCAACGCACUUACAACGUGAACGAGGGAGACAGAGUUGUGCGUGUGACUGUGGAGCUGACAUUGGGCAGUGUUACUCAACCCACUCCUGUUACUAUCUCAACUAGUGACAGAUCAGCUACAGAUACUGUUGACACAUUUGGUUGCUUUGACUACGAGAGCACAAGUGUGACUGUGAGCUUUCCUGCUGGCAGUGUUCCUGGAUCACAGAGAACAGUCAGCAUCCCUAUAAAUGAUGACAACUGUGUAGAGAGGCCAGAGACCUUCAGAGUGACUGCCACCUCCACUGACACUGAUGUCACAUUCCCAAGAGGAAGCUCUUCCACUGUCUCCAUUCAAGACAAUGACACUCCCCUAUACCGAUUCACUGAGCCCUCUUACAUUGUUAAUGAGGGCGAUUCUCCUGCCCAACCAGCCAUUGAGCUCUUCAGUAACACUGUACUGACUUUCCCUGCCACUGUCAGAGUUGUGGAUCUUCCUGGAGGAUCAGCCACUGACGGAAUUGACUACACUGGAGUGUCUGCCAAUGUGGUGUUCCCUACUGGUUCACGUCAGGGCCGUGAAAUAUCUUUCAACAUUCAAAUCACGAAUGACCUACUUGCAGAGGGAGAUGAGACCAUCUUACUACAGGCUAGUACCAGUGCUCCAGGAGAUGUCCCAACCCAAGCCCCUGGACAAGACAGAGCUACUGUUGUCAUCCGUGACGAUGAUUUUUGUGAAGAGCUCUCUAAUCCUGCAAAUGGAAGGGUAAGAAUAACAGGCCUAACUGCGGGCUCUACAGCAACCUACACUUGUAGCACUGGCUUCAUUCUGGAGGGGUCCCAAACCAGGAAUUGUCAAGGCAAUGGCCAAUGGUCCAGCCAAGCUCCUUUCUGUAGAAUUGUGGACUGUGGUCGCUUGUCUGAUCCAAGGAAUGGUGAUGUGUCUUUCAGGACCACUACCUUCAACUCUAGAGCUGCUUACAGCUGUAACAAUGGCUUCCUUCUUGUUGGACAAACCACUCGUGUUUGCCAGAGCACUGGAGAGUGGAGUGGAAUAGCACCUGUCUGUAGAAGUGUGGACUGUGGUCGCUUGUCUGAUCCCACUAAUGGUGAUGUGUCCUUUACCAGUACAACUGUAAACUCUAGAGCUACGUAUAGCUGUAGCAAUGGCUUCCUUCUUGUUGGACAAACUGCUCGUGUUUGCCAGAGUACUGGAGAGUGGAGUGGAAAGGCACCUGUCUGUAGAAUCAUAGACUGUGGUCGCUUGUCUGAUCCCACUAAUGGUGAUGUGUCCUUUACCAGUACAACUGUAAACUCAAGAGCUACGUAUAGCUGUAGCAAUGGCUUCCUUCUUGUUGGACAAACUGCUCGUGUUUGCCAGAGCACUGGAGAGUGGAGUGGAAAGGCACCUGUCUGUAGAAUUGUCGACUGUGGUCGCUUGUCUGACCCUACAAAUGGUGGUGUGUCUUUCAGGACCACUACCUUCAACUCUAGAGCUGCUUACAGCUGUAACAAUGGCUUCCUUCUUGUUGGACAAACCACUCGUGUUUGCCAGAGCACUGGAGAGUGGAGUGGAAAGGCACCUGUCUGUAAAAUUGUGGACUGUGGUCGCUUGUCUGAUCCCACUAAUGGUGAUGUGUCCUUUACUAGUACAACUGUAAACUCUAGAGCUACGUAUAGCUGUAGCAAUGGCUUCCUUCUUGUUGGACGAACUGCUCGUGUUUGCCAGAGCACUGGAGAGUGGAGUGGAAAAGCACCUGUCUGCAAAAUUGUGGACUGUGGUCGCUUGUCUGACCCCACAAAUGGUGAUGUGUCCUUCAGGACCACUACCUUCAACUCUAGAGCUGCUUACAGCUGUAACAAUGGCUUCCUUCUUGUUGGACAAACCACUCGUGUUUGCCAAAGCAAUGGAGAAUGGAGUGGAAAGGCACCUGUUUGUAAAAUUGUGGGUUGUGAUCGCUUGUCUGAUCCCACUAAUGGUGAUGUAUCCUUUACUAGUACAACUGUAAACUCCAAGGCUACUUACAGCUGUAACAACGGUUUCAUUCUUGUUGGACAAACCACUCGUAUUUGCCAGAGCACUGGAGAGUGGAGUGGAAAGGCACCUGUUUGUAAAAUUGUGGAUUGUGGUCGCUUGUUUGAUCCAAGGAAUGGUGAUGUGUCCUUCAAGACCACUACCUUCAACUCUAGAGCUGCUUACAGCUGUAACAAUGGCUUCCUUCUUGUUGGACAAACCACUCGUGUUUGCCAGCGCAACGGAGAGUGGAGUGGAAAGGCACCUGUCUGCAAAAACCAAUGCCCUAAUCUGAGGCAUCCUGAGAAUGGGCUUGUCAGGUUUGGUAGUCAGGGGAGGAGUGUGGGAGCUGAGGUGUGGUACUCGUGUAACUCUGGUUACAUCCUGACCGGCACCGAGUCUAGAGAAUGUCAGAGAGACCUUACCUGGUCUGGAGAAUCUCCUAUAUGCAAAGCUGCUCCUCACUCCUGCUCUCAGCUAAGUUCCCCUGCCAACGGGAAGGUCUGGUUCUCCAGCACAAGUAUUGGCUCCAUUGCUAAAUACACUUGUAGCAGUGGCUACACACUCUCUGGGAGCGUAUACCGUAAGUGCCUCUCAACUAGCGAAUGGCACGGAUCUGCACCAAUUUGCAAACGAAGUUUUGUUGCCAGAGGAUGCCCAAAACCAAGUGCACCAAACAAUGGCUUUGCCUUUGUGCAAUGCCUUAACGUGGGUUGCCGUAUCAACUACUGGUGCAACAGUGGCUACAGCGUGAGUGGCUCAAGGAAGGUGAUCUGUCAGAGCAAUGGUCAGUGGUCCUCCUCAACACCUACCUGUAGGCGCUACUAUAGUCAUUGAGCAGUCACAAUGGACAGUAUUAUACAGUGGACAAUACACUCUCUAGAUUUGUUAUUAACUUUUUACCACAUUUUUUAGACAUAGAUAUCUAGAUUAUACAUUCUUGUUGCUUCAUUUUUUUAUACUGCUGAAUCAUUUCUUAUAAUUAUGUUGACCUAUUAUAUAAUAUAAUUAAGUUUG